GCCAUGAUCGGCUGAGAAAAGACGAUGUGAAUAAAUCAGACAAUUAACUAUGUAAACUCUAGCUGAUUAACAGCGGUAUUUACUUUUUAUUGUGUGCAGAUGAGAAAGAAGAAUUUAUGUUAGUUGUAUGUUGAAAUUCGGCCGGAUUGUUUGGACGAUAGAAUAAAAUGCAUCCAUAUUUUGUGCUCGCAGUUUGUGUUGCUGCGAUUUCGCCGCUUGUGAAAGUCAGUCAUGCCAUGGAUAAUUUACAGUGCUACGAUUGGAAAGGGAACGCAGUGGCAGACGGACAGAAGUACAUUCCUAACAAGGAUGAUCCGUGUAUGGAGUGCACAUGUUCGAAAGGUUUCCGAAUAAUGUGUACCUCUGUGGCAUGUUCACCUCCAGGAAACUGUGCAUUGUGGGAGCAGAUAGAUGGCGUCUGUUGUGAAUAUAAGUGCAUACGAUCCGGUGAAGGGAAUAACGUACAGGGAGGCGGUACUAAUUACAACGCGUCACACCCAGAUCACGAUGGAGGAACGGCUACUGAUGAUGAGAGUAUAACUAAUCUAGGAUUAAGAUUAGUAGCCAGUACCGUUACAUCCUUCCUAGUUUUAGCUUUAUUAUUAUUUAUGGUACAUCGUUUACGACAGAGACGCCUUUUAUUGGCUAUGAGAAGAUUUGAAGCUCAAGCCAGACGUCAGCAGUUGGAAGAAACAGAUUCCGAUCAUUAUAUACCAGAAACAUUUCUUGGUAUCGAGUGUCCCCCUUACGAAGACCCCCCUCCUCCCUACUCACCCCCUAAACCCCACCCCAGAAUAUUACCAGGUGAAGCUCCUCCCCCUUACGAGGAGAUAGAUCAGAAUCCACUCAGCCCGUUAAACAAUAACGAGAUAAAUCGAGCUAUAACGGAGGGAAAUGGCGUUCCAACUCCUCGACAGUGUUCAGGAAUGCAAAACACGGACAAUAACGACACCGAGUUGACGACCAGGAGCGUUCAGACAUCUGCGAUGCCAAACGUUGAGUGUCGUAUCGAGAGCGAGGAGUUGAGACGAGGUCAAAAUGUAGGUGAGGUUGCCAAUCACGGUGGGGUUUGUGUUUUGCCAGAUUUUAACGGACUGAUGCAUACGUAUAUAUCGGGAAAUUUAAACGCUGUUCCUCAGAAUAGAACUAGAAACAGUUACCUAGGUAACAAUGAUAAUUAUGUAUCCCAGACUAGCCCAACAGGUGCCGCCCCGCUUCUGUGCUCUAGUGUUCAUUCAGAUUUACGCGAUCGUGCCGACUAUUCUUGUGAUGAGGAUCAAACUAUGCUAAAAAGAUGUUAUUCACCCGAACAGGAGGAGCAAACAACAAACUUUGCCAAUUCUGCUUCCUUUCAUCAACAAAGUCCCUUAUUAGGCAUUUCUAGUGCUGGUCAUUGUGAUCGUUUACCAAUGUCGUCUGCUCAAGCUGCACAAGUCAUGUCUGCUUCCUUGACAGAAAACUCUGAUUCAAGGAGAAUUAUCCACCAGUUCGACAGAUUUACCUCGCUUCCAAGACAAAUCAGACCUUCCACAGAGUUUCAGAGAGUAUCUAAUCACUUCCCUGGAAAUGAAUCGGCAGAAACCCCUCAGGAGAUUCCACUGGUGAACAUGAAAAGAUCGGGAAGUCAGGAACAAGCUAAUUCAUGUUCCCAGACACCAUUAAGGACUGCUGCCGACGGUGCUUCCCGACAAGAUUUACUCAGAAGUAAUUUACAGCCGCUAACACUGAGUGAUAAGGUUACUCCACUGUGUAGUAAUAUCAUGGUACCAAAUCACGGCCAAGCAUCGUCAGUUCAAUCCAGUGAGGCAAGGUUAAGGAAUCUCCGCCUUUCUAACUUGAUGAAUAGUCCAACUAAACAACUUGAUGCUGCUGGUUCUCCUGUCACGCCAGAUGGUCAGCCAAUGAGACGAUCCCAAUCCAUGACAUCGGAAAUAUCUAUUUUUUCGGUUUGUUCCGAGACAGGCGAAGUUAAACUUCCAAAAUUAAAUGGCAAUUUGCUUCGAAGUGAUUCCCAGUACCCAGACAUCCCAGUUCGGCCACAUCCAGUCAGGCAACAGACCAAUCCAUGCGAACCCAGUCAGACCUCUAGUGAACCCAUUUCCAAACCGGUUUCUGCCGACACACAACUUGCUCAAAGGGAAGUAACUCCUGAUGUCCAAAGGGCAGAUAACUCUAGCAGAUCAGGAUUGCAGGCAAUAGAGGAGAAUCAAUCAAGUGUGGGGGAGGGGGAUGUGGGGGGACCCAUUGGGGCCACGGCUUUAAUUCAAAAUUUUAACAAACUCAAUACAGAGCUGAAAGAAAAGUCAAAGAAAAAAGACAAAGUUAAAGUGAAUCGUUAUUCGACAGGAAGCUUGCCGGUGCAAAAACCCAAGAAAGUGAGGCAGGUUGGUCCUUCGUGUGAAUCAAAAAUAGUGAACGAGGUCAGUAAAAAACAUGAGGGUAGCAGACGUAAGGCUUUAAAACCUAGUGGUUUACUAAAACAAUAUGGCUUUAUCGACGAUAAUAAUAGUGCUGGUCCAAAGAAUAAUCCUGUGAAAAUAGAGAGCAGAAAGGUAGAUUCUAAGGACCCAAGAUUUAAACGUGAUAGUGAGCAUCAAAGGACGAAAUUAGACGUUCCUAUUUAUUGUGAUUCUACAGUAUUACAGGCCACACCUGAAUGUGUGCCUGCUCGUAGUGGUCGCACGGCUGCAAUCAAACCAGGUGUAAAACGCCAGUUAAAUUAUUCUGAUAAAACUUCUCAUAGUCCUAGUCCGACAAGGCAUAAAUCACGACCUAAGUCAAUGUUCCCCUCGUUUAAUAAUAAAGAAGCCGAAUCCGGGGCCUGGAACGAUUUGAGUAAAGACCCAAGCACGACGUGCGUGCCGCGUAGAAAAAAUAAAUCUUCAACUUCUAGGAACAAAAAAAGACAAUCGUACCCUGCUACAAAUAUACAAAGUGCGGAAAAUACAGGCAUAGUUUUAUCACGGCCAAAUAUAUUGGCGAGUGUUAUGGACGCCACAAAUGAAAUCGUGUGCCCUGUCUCCGAGUCGGCUGCUCAUCAAAACACCACGUUAUUAAAUGGUUAUGUUUAUAAAUAUAACACUGACAGUAAGUCACAUGAUAACGGAAAUGUUUACGUUAAAUUACGACCAACAAGUUUAAGUAGCUACGUUUAAGAAAGCAUCUUCUUCAUUGCAUAUUUUUGCCUCGCUCGUGUUAAUUCAUUGAUGAUACCUGAAACCACUGUUCCCAGUAAGCUGUGCACAUGUGUGUGCCGUAGAAAAAACUUUUUUUUAGUUUUCAGAUAACAUUAAAAGUCUGAAAUUUUAUUACUCAUGAGAGAUAAGCUCUACCACAAUUAUUUUGAACCAAAUUCAAAUUUAUUUGUAUAUAUAUGUUGUGCACAUGCUAUUAUCACAAAGAAUAUAAUUUGCAUAUUAUAAAUUUUGUUCGAUCCCUGCAUUGGCCGAGAAAGUUCAUUGGGAUUUUCCGAUGUGGUUCACCCCUGGUCAUUGAUGUAGGACGGGACAGCCUGACAAGGACAGCUGUCUAGUCCUUCAGAUUGAAUGAAAAACCGAGGUCCCAUGUACACAUGGCAUGCACGUAAAAGAUCCCUUGGCAGUUGGAAUUCGAUAUAAGAGUAGGUCAUAGUGCCGCUGACCGGACAAAAUUUCCCUCAUAGCACACUAUAUGACGUAUGCCCGUCUUCAUUAGCCCAGUCAGAGCAGAACAGUAGGACGUUUAAACCCCAUUUCAUUUCAUAAAUUUUGUAUGCUCACUGACAUUUAAAAAUUAAAGGGAACAAGACAGAAAUAUCUGAGGAUAAAUUUUUCUUUCCACAAGAUUUGUGCACACACUAAAAAUUAGAGGGAACAUUGCUUACUAACAAGACAGGGAUAUCUGAUAAUAAAAUGUGUUUACCUCUUGUGUAAGAUGAUAAUACUAUAUACAUGUAACAAUUGUAUAUAUCCAAGCCUGGAAAUAAGGCACCUGUCACAGACAAUGUCAGGCACAGAUUCAGGCUUUGUCAGGUACAAAACCUCUGAUGCCUGUCAUUUUAUCUGGCUCUGAUUUGUCUGUUUUAUUGAUAUUAUUAAUACAUGUCCGACACUAAGUUGAAAAUGUCAGGUAUUAUUUCCAGGCCUUCCAUAUCUUGUUCUAGUUGUUCAGUUAUAAGGCACAUACCGGUAUUAUUAUUAUUAUUUGACAGCUAUAAAACACUGUAACCCAGAAACUACUAGUUUUGUUCUUAUGUGACAUCUUCAGGCUUAAACAGACAUUAUGUACAUGUAAGAGCUAUUUGCCUAUUGCAGGUCUUUCUUUAGGCAUGAUAAUGUUAUAUAAACUAUUAAUUAGACAUUAAUUAACUUUAGACCAUAAUCAACUCUUGAUGCCAUUAGAUGCUAGAAAUUUAGACUAGAUUAGAACGGUUUGGCCAUUUAAUGAUUUAUUUUAAAAUGGAGUUGUGGGUCUAUACCAGUACCAUUAGCCCAGUAUAGGAGCAGAACAGUAGGACGUUAAACCUGUGUGAUCAG